AGACCUUACGGGGGACCCUAUGCAGCAGCACAUGAGAUGAGCAAAGCUACUCAGCCUAUAGGAGGACCCCCUACUGCCCCUUCCCCUGGACUCCCACAGCCUUUCCCCACACCUACUGCCCCUGUGGUGUGUUUGGGCCUCCACAGACCCCACAAAUGAAUACACAAUCACAGCCUCGACAGGCAGGAUUCAGAUCAAUUCAGCACUACUACCAGAGCAGAACGCAACCUCCUAGCAACGCCGCCAGAGUCCAGAGCACAGCUUCUGCUCGAGCAGUGCCUCCUGCCCAUGUGUAUCCCGCUGGUUCUCAAGUUAUGAUGAUUCCCUCACAGUUACCCUAUCCUUCCCAGGGCUACUAUAUACAAGGUGGACAGGGUCGCUCUUAUGUAAUGCCCACACAGCAGUACCCUGUGCAACCUGGAGCUGCUGGCUUUUUUCCUAGCGCUAGUCCUACAGAGUACGGCACAUAUGCUGGAGCAUAUUAUCCUGCACAACAGCAGUUUCCUCCAGGGGUGCCCGGUGCCCAGGUGAUGAUUAAUCAGUCAAUUCCUCCAAAGCGAGAACGAAAAACUAUAAGGAUCAGGGAUCCAAAUCAAGGCGGAAAAGACGUUACAGAGGAAAUCUUGUCUGGAGGAAGAACUUCAUCCACGCCAACACCGCCUCAGUCCGUAACUGGAGGCUCUGAAGUGCAGGCGAAUGGAGAGAGUGUCCAUGUGCCUAUUGUAGUGCGUCCAGAUGACAGCUCAAAGAACACCCAAGUGCUCACAAAAAGUUCCGAAAGCCCCCUCCUUCUCCUCCUCCUACAGAAACAGAAUUGAACAUGGCUUGUGAGCAAGACUUGACACUUAAUAACACUACACCUGAGGUACCUUUGCUAGCGGCUCUCAUUACACAGGAAGUGCCCUUGCUGGAAAAUCCUUCAUCUCAGGUAUCGAUACAGCCAGAGGUUCUUCCAUCUGUUUUAGAGAACCCAGUCCUAAUGGAAAUGACCAUUACAGAGACAGCUGUCAAAGAAGCAGACCCUCUGCCAGAAGCUCCUGUUGUACAGCCCCCUGAGGAGUCUGUUAUUACUUCUCCAUCUGAAGUGUCUGUUUCACAGGAUGCUGCUUUAACAGGAUUCCACUUUAGAACAGGAUUCCAUUUUAGUGGCUCCAGAAGCAGAGUUUCAGGUACAGGCUCCCCCAACCCAAAAUUCACCUGAGCCUUGCCUUGCAGAAACAAAGGAACCUGCUCCAGAGUCUGUAGAGGGAUCAAAUUCCCUCGAGGAUACUCUGCCUACAACUGAAGUUCAGACCAAUGGCCUAACUGAAGAAGUGUCUGUGCCACCUGCACAGUUGGAGCCACCAUCUGUUUGCCAUUCUGAACCCACGAUGGAUUCCCCCAUUGCGCAGCCUGAAGAACUUCUAACAAAUGGUGAAGGGGGGCCUGGACUUCAAGAACUUGAUGCACAGGACAUAGAGCGAGAAGCUCAUGUGAGCCCUAUUACUGAGCCUGAGGAGCAGCCAGUACCUGCUGCUGAUCCUACACCAGAAGAAGAAGAUGCUGGGAAAGAGCUUGCUGCAGAACCGGAGCAAACACCUCCCCAAGCUCCAAAACAAAGCUCCGAUAUCCAUGUGCCAGUUGCUGUGUCAGUACCAAAAAAGAAAAGAAAAAUAAAAGAUUUAAACAAGAAAGAUGCAGUUGGAGAUUUGUUGGAUGCGUUUAAAGAGGCUGGCGAUGGCUCCAGUGAAACGUCAGAGUCUGCUGCUAUCCCACCUCCUGCAGCACCUGAACCUGAACAGACUCCCAAUGUUCCUGCAGAAGAACAGGAUGAGACCUGGGAAGAAAAAGAAGAUAAGUUGGAUGCUGAAAAUAUUAAGCCAGCAGAUCAUAAGUAUAAAUAUAAAGAGGAACAAUGGAAACCUCUGAACCCUGAAGAAAAGAAAAGCUAUGAUCGGGAGUUUUUGCUUGGCUUUCAGUUUAUCGUGGCUAGUAUGCAAAAACCAGAAGGUCUCCCACAAAUUACAGAUGUAGUAUUAGACAAGGCCAACAAGACUCCUCUUAGGCCUCUAGAUCCAACAAGAUUGACUGGCAUGAACUGUGGGCCAGACUUCACACCACAUUUCGCCAAUCUUGGAAAACCUACUAUGGGCAGUCGGGGACCACCUGCUGGAAUGGGUCCUCGACGAUCUCAACAGGGACCACGAAAGGAGCCUCGUAAAAUUAUUGCAGCUGUUUCAUUAAAUGAAAAUGUUCAGCUGAAUAAAGCAGAAAAAGCCUGGAAACCACUAAAUAAAAGACCAGGUGAAGAAGAUGAACCAGAAGUUCUGAAGACACAGGAAUUGUUUCGCAGAGUACGCAGUAUUCUUAAUAAGCUGACACCGCAGAUGUUUCAGCAACUCAUGAAACAAGUUACCGACUUGGCCAUAGAUACAGAGGACCGGCUGAAGGGUGUAAUUGACCUAAUAUUUGAGAAAGCUAUCUCGGAGCCAAACUUCUCUGUUGCAUAUGCCAAUAUGUGCCGCUGCCUUAUGGGGCUGAAAGUCCCAACUGCAGAUAAGCCGGGAGUGACUGUGAACUUCCGCAAGCUGCUACUUAACCGCUGCCAGAAAGAGUUUGAAAAGGACAAGGAUGAUGACGAAGUGUUUGAAAAAAAGCAAAAGGAAUUAGAUGCUGCUACCACGCCAGAAGAGAAGACUCGACUAAAUGAUGAACUGACAGAAGCUAAAGAUAUUGCUAGGCGUAGAUCUCUAGGCAAUAUUAAAUUCAUUGGAGAACUUUUCAAAUUAAAAAUGCUGACUGAAGCCAUAAUGCAUGAUUGUGUUGUUAAGCUAUUAAAGAACCACGAUGAGGAGUCUUUAGAGUGUCUUUGCCGAUUGCUGUCCACAAUUGGGAAAGACUUGGACUUUGAAAGAGCCAAGCCUCGGAUGGAUCAGUAUUUUAACCAAAUGGAUAAAAUCAUCAAAGAAAGAAAAACCUCUUCACGUAUUCGUUUCAUGCUGCAGGAUGUAAUUGAUCUAAGAAUGUGCAAUUGGGUGCCUCGUCGUGCAGACCAGGGACCUAAGACUAUAGAUCAGAUUCAUAAAGAGGCAGAAUUGGAAAAGCAAAGGGAACAGGUCAAGGUUCAGCAGCUAAUGUCCAAACAAGACAAGAGGCGAGAGCCACCAGGACGUCCAACUGGUGGACGAAGUAAUCAGCAAUCUGAUGAUGGCUGGAACACUGUUCCCAUUAGCAAAGGAAGCCGUCCCAUUGACACCAGUAGGAUCACUAAAAUAACAAAGCUUGGUGCUAUAGACUCUAAUCAACUGUUGGCGCCUGGCGGACGUUUAAGUUGGGGUAAAGGAAGCAGCGGCGGCACUGGAGCGAAGCCUGCUGAGUCAACUCCAGAAUCUGGACGACCCAGCACACUUAAUAGGUUUUCUGCUCUUCAGCAGUCUUCAUCUGCAGACAGUCAGGAUUCCAGGCGGCCUGUUCCUAGAGGUAGUUCAAGUCGUGAUCGCUCUGAGAAAGAUAGAGAACGAUUUGAUAGAAGUGACAGAUAUGAAAAGAGUGAUCUCUUUGAGAGAUCUGAUCGCUCAGAGCGUUCCCAGCCUGUAAUCACAAAGAGAAGUUAUAGCAAGGAGACAGAUGAUCGCAGUAGAGAGAGAGAGGCACAGAUUCCUCAGGAAGCCGUGAGGAAAGUAGCU